AUGCAGAAGCCUAGUUUUAAACAAGAGGAUGGCGAUGACAAACCACGUCCUUUGCGCAAGCGCAAGGUGCAGUGGGCCGACGAAGAUGAGGACUCGAAUGGGCUGGUGACCACUGCUGUCACUGAUCUGAGGGUUGAAGAUGAGAGGACGCUCGAGGAGCUGCCAAGCACUCACGUGGAUGAGCAUGGAAUGCUUGUCUCCUCUCACUUUGGCGAGCAGAGCGCAAAAGGGGAUCUCAGCGACGUGGGUGCCAGCACAGGCAAGGACGAUACCAAGCAGUAUCUGAGCUUGGCAGCCUACAAUCCCAUCGAGUACAGAGAUAUGCGUACCUAUCUGGCCGCCAAACGUGCGAAGCUGAAGGUGCAGGAAGCUUCGUUGCUGCAAGAAGAGCAAGCUCUGCUCCGCGUCCAAGAUACCCGAGCCAGCACAUCUGGCAAGCAGGACAGCGUCGCAGCAGAGAUCGAAGCAAACGGUGGAAAACGAUCCGACGCUCUCAAAGGGUGCUGCGUCUACAUCAAUGGGCAGACUCAUCCUCCUUACAGCGAAUUGCGUCGCCUACUCGUGCUGCACGGCGGAGACCUCAUGGCGUACCUUGAUCAGAAGACACCUGUCACCCACAUCGUCGCAUCCAAUCUUACUCCAAAGAAGCGCAUCGAGUUCAAGGACUACAAGGUAGUCUUGCCGGGGUGGAUUCUGGAGAGUAUCGAGCUGGGUAGCAAGGCAGACUGGCGCAAGUGGAGAUGUGAUGCAAUCACAGGCACCAACGGCCACACGUCGAAUAGUAUGGUUGGCAAGCUAGGCGACCAAGAUCCCGCUGGACCUAGCAAGGUCGGGCUGGGAGACUGGCGUAAUCUGGAUAGAUCUGCAAAGUUGCCGAGACAGCUGCCAUGGAUUGGCGACGAGGAUGGAAGUCCAUGGGGCAAGCCUACUAAUCAGACGAACCUGCUGGAUCGAUUCACUAGGACACAUGGGCCGCCUCCAGCUAAAUUUCAAACAAUGCGAGCUGCCUCUCCCGUCAAAACAGCACCAGAACACGCGCAGGUGAAGUCGGAAGAGCAGCCCAAGAAGCCGGCAAAGGGUAAGGGUGUUCGAUUUUGUGAGGAGGAAGUCAUUCAGCCUGCUCCGACAGCAAACGAAAGCCAAGUCUCAGCAGAACCCAGUCUGAACCCUAUCAUACAACCCCGUCAAGAUGCUGCAGCGUUAGAAGAUCUACUUGACGGAACAGGUUCAAGCAAUACAGUCUCAGCCGCAGAGAGCAAAGGUACCCCCAUGACCGUGGACGGUCCGGUCACGCCAACCAAACCCAACGAGAAAAUCGACUAUAGCAUCGGCACCGAUCCUGCCUCAAAGAGGGCCGCAAUUGCAGCAAGCAGAAGUCACUAUGCAUCGAGACCGUCCAACACCCACGCUGCUCGUCUUCUGGCCAGUCCCAGCUGGCGAGAACGAAACACUGCCACCAGCGAAGGUUUCCUUGCCGGCUACUUUGCCAAGUCGCGUCUUCAUCACCUCAGUACCUGGAAGACAAGUCUGCAAGACAUGGUCAGCUCCGCUCUGCGCGAGGCUGGGCGUCCACUCAGCAGUUCCGACUUGCCAAAAGGUGUACAACGAGUCAUUAUGCACAUCGACUUCGACAGCUUCUUUGUGGCUGUCGGUCUCAAAAAGCGCCCCGACUUGCAAGAUAAGCCUGUUGUCGUCUCUCACGGGACAGGCUUUGGCCUUCCUACAGCCAAGCCGGGGGAUGAAAAUCGACCAGCAGAUCAUCAGUCUUCCAGCACCUCCGAAAUCGCAUCCUGCAGCUACAAAGCACGCGAAUUCGGCAUCCGCAACGGCAUGAGUCUUGGUCAAGCCAAAAGGUUAUGUCCUCAAGUCGAGACAAUACCCUACGACUUCGAGGCGUACAACUCGAUCAGCCUCACGUUCUACACCUUUCUGCUUGAGCACUCUGAUGCGUUGCAAGCUGUGUCUGUUGAUGAAGCGCUCGUCGACGUGAGCUUGCUGCUGCAAAGCAUGCGUGAUGGUGAUUCGACCUCUGGAUCACUCUAUGACCGAUAUCGGCAUCAUCUUGGCUCACAAGGCGAGAUCUGGACUGCAGAGAAGCAGCUGGCUGAAGCUUUCCGAGAUGAGAUCCGCGAGCUGUGUGGAUGUGAAGCAAGUAUUGGCAUCGGCUCCAACAUUCUACUCGCUCGCCUUGCCACCCGCAAAGCCAAGCCUGGCGGAUCUUACCAUCUCACAGACGAUGCGAAGCAACCCUUUCUCGAUGCGCUCGAUGUUGACGACCUUCACGGUAUCGGAUGGAGUCUGCGUGAUCGCACGCGUGAGCUCUUGGAAACAAUCAACAUUGGCGAGAUCCUCUCCAAGACUAGCCAAAGUAAGCUUGUCGCUGAGUUUGGUCCCAAGAAGGGCAAGAUGAUCUGGGACAAGAUGCAUGGAAUCGAUGCCGAUCGACUGGAGGGCAACAAGCUCCGUCAGUCGGUAGGAUCGCACGUUAACUACGGAAUCCGCUUCCUCACCGAGCAAGAAGCAGAGAACUUUGUGACGGGCAUGUGUCAGGAGGUGUCGCAACGCGCAAAAGCAGUGAAGCUGCGCGGAAGGCAAGUAUCGGUGCAAGUCAUGGUCCGAGCCAAGGACGCUCCGGUAGAAGCGCCCAAGUUUCUCGGUCAUGGUGUCUGCGAUACGCACCAUCGUAGCGUGCAGGUCAGUGGGCCGGGUGGAGUGGCGAUCGAUGACGAAGUCAGGAUCCGGAAAGCUGCUUGGCCUCUGAUCAGGGAUAUGAAGGCGGAUCCAAAGGAGCUGAGGGGCAUCGCUAUCAGUCUCAACAGGUUAGAGCCGGCGGAAGGCAAUCCAUUGUCUCCGGCUAAGCCCAAAGGAGGACAGUCGGUGCUGAGAUUUGGCUCAGCUGCAUCACCAGCCAAGCCUGUAGCUGCAAGCGCUGCCAAGCCGGUCGACAAGCAAGCGAGCGACAACGUCGGCGAGAACGACAGUGACACCGAGCAGCCAGACGAACCAGGCCUGGAGGUGCCCGAAUCUUUCGAGAAGGGUCCUCAAGCAGCUACGCCAAGGAGGCUGGGUGCUACUGAGAUGCCAAAGUACCAGGCAGGGCGAUCACCUGGCUCUCCGAUGAAGCUGCCACCUUCGACACAGCUCAUGUUGCCUUCGAGGUCACAGAUUGACCCGGAUGUGUUUGACGCUCUUCCCUCACCGUACCGACGCCAAAUUGAGGCCAAAUUUGGAUCUGAAAUCCAAGAGAAGCUUCCUGGGCGGCAGACGUUUCCUAUAGAAAGCUUGGACCGUACCUCAAAGGCCACUCCAUCGAUGAUGCAAAGUCAGACAGGCUCACAGAGCCGUCCACGAGUCAUACUUCGCUCCACGCCAACCACACCGCAGAAAGCCAAGGCUGCCCCCUCGCCUGGUAUGGUAGAAGCACUGAUGCUCCCUUCCGCUUCGCAGAUCGAUCCUGCCGUUCUCGCCGAAUUACCAGACUCUGUACGGAAAGAGAUCGAGCGGCAAGUGGGUUACAUCUCUAACGAAGCUUCAUCGGGUCCCUCAUCUGUCGAGAGCACUCCAACCUCCGCAGCUCGGAAGAAGAGUGCCAACACAGCAACUCUCGCUACCUUUCUGCGUCAAGACAACAAACAGAUCGAUCGACGAUCCGCAUUGUUCAGAUCUGUCUCUGAAUCACCUACGAAGAAGCGAGUCGUCAACAGGCUCUUACAAGCGGCUGAUCAGCCCAUGGUCGACAAGGAUACAAUUUUGGCAAUGGAUCCGAGCAAGAUCUCCAAUGAGACACUCGAAGAGCUUGGCAUUGACCCUGAAGUGUUUCACGCCUUGCCGGUCGAGCUGCAACGCGAGAUGUUCAGACAUCACUCGGAGCAGAAGAAGUCGGAGAAGGCGCGCUUCAAAGCAGGUAAAACGAACACUUUUGAAGAGCUUACAUUGACUGAGCAGAGAAGACGGGCUACCAUGCGGGCAGCACAGAAUGAGAUUCUGGCACAGAAACAGAUUCAAGAACGGAUGCGUGCACAUCGCGGUGGAGCUGAGCCGCCGAAAAGGUCUGUUGUUCUGGGUGGUGCACAAGAUGCAGAGCUGGAGGAAGAGGCAAGGCGCAACCCACCAAUUUACCUAUUGGCUCGACCUAAGCAUCGCCUACCGCGCCCUGAGUCGCAUGUUUUCGGACCUGCGGACAGUAUCACACUGCCCAGCCCUUCCGCUCAGCCUUCGAUCAGAGGUCUCACACGGUAUGAGGAUGUAGAACGGCUGAUAGGGCAGUGGGUGUCGGCGUUUGCUAGCAAAGGGCCGAGGAGGGGUGAUGUGGAUAGAAUCGGAGCAUAUCUGGGCGACCUUGUUCGUGCCUCGCUUGAAGGCGGACGGGUGGAGGACGUAGAGAAAGCGACUGCGUUGAUGCAGCUUAUAGAAGACAAGGUCGAAGCGGAGCAGGGCAAGAAAGGAACAUCUUUUGCUGCCGAGCAAUGGAAAGAAGCAAAAGACAGAGUGCGCGAGACGAUGCAGCAGCAGGCAAGAGCGGUGUUUCAUGGGGCGGAACUAUCAUAG